AUGCAUGAAGAAAGCAAAGAGACCAUAGACGAUAUCACCAAAGAAAACCCGGCCUCCCUUCAAAAGUACACUUGGGAUACCAGUACUGAUUACGCCCGAUGCUUUCUCCACAAAGUGACAUCUACUGUCAAGGGAGGUUUGGAGGAGCUUGGUCGGCCAGCACCUUCGCGCGCUCGGGAAAGCGAAGGAUUACUUGGAGUUUUUCCAUUUUCAGGCACUUUACCUGUCAUCGCCGAGGAUGAUGAAGACGCUUUGGAGAACACAACUAUUGUGAUUGACGACGACAAUGACAACAAUGUCAACAUCCUUCCAGUACCUGAAGAGGCCAAUACGGAUCAUGAUUCAGCAGAUGAAAAAGAUCUUGAAGUCGCUCCAGACUACGAUGAAGAAAAUGAAAAUCAGCUGGAUUAG